ACUGCGCUUUUAUCCGAGCGCUCCGUUUUCUCCCCAGCGGGUGAGAGUGCAGUAAGGCGAGCCGCGGCGUGAAGAAGUCACGGAUGAAGAAAAGCGUGCGAUGCGAGUGUCAGAGGGAAAAGCAGCGGAGUUGCUAGCCGAGCCGUGCGCGCGCGUGUGAAGGCGAAACGCGGAUGUAGCACAUGGAUUGUUUCGGUCUCAGGUGUGCGACGCUGCUGCUGGCGGUGACGCUCGCGCCGCUCGUCACAGCACUUAAGUGUGUGUGUCAGCUGUGUGCGAAUCACACCUGCGAGACGGAGGCUGAGGGCGCAUGCUGGAACUCGGUGAUGCUCAUCAAUGGGAAGGAGGAGGCCGUAAAGUCCUGCCUGUCCCCCAGUGAGCUGAAGGGACAGGUGUUCUGCUACAGCUCCAAAGAUGUGUCAAAACGCAACUGCUGCUUUACUGAUUUCUGCAACAACGAAACACUUCACUUACGCCCAGAAACAUCCUCUGAGGACUCUGACUGGGGACGGCUGGAGUUAUCGGCUGUGAUCCUGGUGCCAUCCUGCCUGCUGUGUGUUGGUGUGUUUCUGGGUGUGUGUGCUGUCCGGAACCAGCGCUGCCUGCACAAUAAGAGCCGAAACCAGGAUCCAGAGGAGCCUCUGGAUGACCAGAGUCUUGUGUCAUCAGAGAAAUGCCUGAAAGAACUGAUCUAUGACAUGAGCACGUCAGGCUCUGGAUCAGGGCUGCCACUGCUGGUACAGAGGACAAUAGCACGAACCAUAGUGCUACAGGAGAGCAUUGGUAAGGGUCGUUUCGGAGAGGUAUGGAGAGGGAAGUGGCGAGGAGAAGAUGUGGCUGUGAAGAUCUUCUCUUCUCGAGAUGAACGCUCAUGGUUCCGCGAGGCCGAGAUCUACCAGACUAUCAUGCUGCGGCAUGAGAACAUCCUGGGCUUCAUCGCAGCUGAUAACAAAGAUAAUGGUUCAUGGACUCAGCUGUGGCUGGUGUCGGAGUAUCAUGAACACGGCUCACUGUUUGACUACCUGAACAGAUACACAGUGUCUGUGGAUGGCAUGAUCGUCCUUGCACUGUCCAUCGCCAGCGGCCUGGCUCACCUUCACAUGGAGAUCAUCGGCACUCAGGGAAAACCAGCCAUCGCUCACAGAGAUAUAAAGUCCAAGAACAUCUUGGUGAAAAAGAACAGCACUGCGGUUAUCGCUGAUCUGGGACUGGCUGUCAAACACGACUCCACCACCAACACUGUCGACAUCCCGGCUAACCACAGAGUGGGCACCAAGAGGUACAUGGCCCCUGAGAUUCUGGAUGACACCAUUAACAUGAGCAGCUUCGAGUCGUUUAAGCGGGCUGAUAUCUAUUCUCUGGGUCUGGUGUUCUGGGAGCUGGCCAGAAGAUGUUCAGUCAGAGGGAUACAUGAGGAUUUUCAGCUGCCUUAUUAUGACCUAGUGCCUUCAGAUCCUUCAGUGGAGGACAUGAGGAAGGUCGUGUGUGAGCAGAAACUGCGACCCAACAUCCCCAACCAGUGGCAGAGCUGUGAGGCCCUGCGAGUGAUGGGUAAGAUCAUGAGGGAGUGCUGGUACGCCAACUCGGCUGCUCGACUCACUGCGCUACGUGUGAAGAAAACCAUCUCUCAGGUGACAGUGGUCAAGGACGUUAAAGAUUAGCACACACACUACCCGCUCGAAGGUGCUGAUGACCUUUGAGUGACCCCUUCAUCACUAAUCAAGGGACCACAUUUCAGAACUCUCCGAUCGUGAUGCCAAACACUCCAGUGUGUAGCAGUGGAGCCUUCUCUCUGCCGAGUGACUGAGAGUGAGAAGGAUUUUGAGCUGCUCAGAGUGAAUCUGGUCUCGUUUAGAGAAUGCAGAAGGUGCAGGGAGUAUGCAGAGAAACUGUGAACUUGUGUAUGAGCAAGAAUUCAGUCAUUAUCCGGAUGACUUACUAAACACUGCCUAUUUUCUCACUUCAUUCGUGAUAUCUUUUCUUCAUCUCUUUUCUCUCUUCUCUGUGUGUUGUCUUUGUUACCUUUACGGCCUCUUAUCUGUUUUUGUCUUGGCUCUUUCACUUCUCACUCCUCCAGUGGCUUUUGGUGUUUCUCUACCUGCUGCAGCACGUUGAAAAGUUGCAAAAAAAAGACUCUUUGCAUUUUUCAGUAACGUGACAGUUAAUUUGUUAACAAUAUAAACUGAGUUGCCAGUUCAUUAUGUACAUCUACCAGGUAUCUACACUUAUUGACCAUUUUAUCAAGUUAAACUACAAUAUAGGUCACUUUUGUUGGUCUACAAGGACUGAUUGUAGCUUAUCUGUUGGUCUUCUCAGUUCCCCAUCCAUCAGUGGAAAGGGACCACCAUAAGGCUAUGACUGUGCAGAUAUGUUUUGAGUGGUGAAGCAUUUUCGGGACAGCUGAGACAGUGACGAGAUAGCGCGUGUGGUCCUAGUAUGAGUGUAUCAAGUGGAACGUGCUUCUCAAUGUCACUGCUGGAAGUCCACCAACUAAACAUAUUCACCCAGCAGCCAUGCUGUAGUCAGAAACUGACACUGAUGAUGGGUCCCGGACAAUAAACACAAAAUAUUGUAGGUGUACAAAGUUGUUGUCACAGUUUCCCUUGUUGCAUUACUGUUCCCAUGGCAACAAGGACCAUGUGCACGUGUGUGUAAUUAGUUCUGUUUUGGUCUUGUCUCCACUUCUGGUACUGUCAUUGCUUUGUUCCUCAAUUGUGUGCACCUGUUCCAGGUUUAGUCCAUGAUUAGUUUGUCUAUAAAUCCCCCGUUGAUUCAUUGUCUAGUUGCAAAGUCUUGUCAUAUAUUAAGUCUAGACUGUGUAUCCUGAGUGGUAUGUUUCAUAUUUUCAUGUUUCAUGGUUUUGACUGUUGCUGGUGCUUCAGAUUAUGAUUAUGGAUUAUCCCAGGUUAUUGCCACCUACCUGUGAUUUGACACACACAGCGAUUUUCCCUUAAUGAGAACCCCACAAUAAUUUACACACUCGUGUCCUGCCUGAUCAACACAUUAUAGUCGUAGAGGUCUAGUGUUAAAACAAUCCCAGCUUUCCAUCUCAUCCUUGUAACAGGACCACACACACUACCACAUCGCUAUCGGUGCUGUCUUGAGACUGAUCCAGUACCCACAUAAUAUCAGUUGUGGUCACAUGGUGGUCUCGUUCCACUGAUGGACAGGGUAAAGGGGGCUGAUAGAUUGUACAUAACAACAGAUGAGCUACUUUCUAUAUGAAUCUAUAAUCUAUAUGAUAGGUGUAAAUAAUAAAAUAGUCAAUGAGUGUAGCUACAAGGUGGGUUCACUUAAUAAAGUGGUAACUUGAUGUACGCUCACCUUCCACUUUAUUAGGAAUACUUGUACACCUGCGCAUUGAAACAAUUAUCCAAUCAGCCAAUCAAGGGGCAGCAGGGUAAUGCUGAAAAUAUUGCAGAUACAGGUUGAGCUUUAGUUAAUGUUCACAUCAGAAUGGGAAACAAAUAUUCUUAGUCACUUUGACCAUGGUAUGGUUGUUGAGUAUUUCCAGAAACUGCUGAUCUCCUACUGAUUUUCAUACACAAUAGUCACUACACUAGUGUUUAAACAGAAAAGUGUGAAAGACAAAAACAUCCAGGGAGUGGCAGUUCUGGGACUGGAAACUUUUCAGGUCAAAAGAGAAUGGCUAGAUUGGUUCAAACUGACAGGAAGGCCGAUAAGUUAAAUAACCACUCUUUACAACAGUGGUGAGAAGGAAAGUAUCUCAAACUGCACAACAUGUCAAGCCUUGGGGCUACAACAGCAAGAAACCACAUUGGGUUCCGCUCCUGUCAGACGAGAACAGGAAUCUGGGACUACAGUAAGCACAGGCUUACCAAGACUGGGCAGUUGGAAGAAAUUCAGCCAAGAGGUACAGGUGUUCCUAUUAAAGUGGAUGUAUCUUAAACAUCAAUAUUAUGAAAAGGUGAUGAGCCUGUUAAAUCAGCUUGCUACAUUUUUCAAAUGGAAACACAGGCAUUUAUAUUAGGGUUAAACUCAUAUCUAGCUCAUACCAUAGGCUGAAGCAUUAUGAUCAAUCUUCAAGAUCUGGCCCAAGGGGCCAACUGCUUUAGAAACAUCAGCAGCAUGAGCUGCAGCAAAAGGUGUCACUUUAAUUUUCUGGUAUUAUUGCAUUCAUUCUACUUUGCUAUACAAGUUGUACUCCCUGUACCUUUCAGAAUACAAAGAUGACUGCUACCUCAUAUGCUUUCUCUAAGUGCCAAAUGCUUUGAGUCACACAUUUUAAGCAUUGUGCCAUAACUGCUAUGGAUGAUAUUAUGCGUAUAUACUGUAUUCUUUAUGUAUAUGUGGAUUGUUAUUGUUACUGAGCAAAACACUUAUGAGACAAAGGAUUGAUUGAUUAGGAACAGUAGCUCUAUGGAUUAAUUAAUUGGUCGAUUAAUCAAGCAAUCCACUAACCAAACAAGCAAUCAAAAAUGUAUUCACGUGCACAUCAGAAUAUCAGAAUGUAUUUUAUAUGUAUAGUUCAAAAACACAUGUCCUGGUUGGAUAAUUUGAUUUAUGCAAUUUGCACCAUGGAUUUUUUUUUUAAAGCAAUGCUUUGAACUAAAAAAAAGCCCUGCUUUCUUUAUGAAAUAUCAUAUGAAGACAUACUUUUAUUUUUAAACAUUUCAAUUUCAGAUUUUUCCACAUGAGCACCAUCACUUUCAGUUGCAUUGCACAGACAUUUCCACGUGGCAAGUGUGACUUCCUGUAAAACCUGUUAUGUUUGAACAUGAAAACAAAAAGAUUUCUAAUAGCUUUGCAGACAAUUCAGAUGAAUUUGAUAGCAUUUGCAGGAAUACCUUGAAUUUGUGUAGGGCCAUUGCAGUUCUCCUUAAACUCCAUGCAUUGUCUGUAUAUCUGUUUUAUACAUACAACUCAGCCGUAUGUUCACUGUUAUGAAGUGCAAUAUCGUGUGUACUUUCAUAAAGGUACAACUAUGAUUUGAAGCCUUUUAAUGACAUAAAGCUUAACGUGAAUAAUAUGCUAAUCAUACAGGUGUGUAAUAAUGCUAUACUAUAUGAGCGCUCCUAUUCCUGCUUCCUCGCAUUGCACUAUAGAGCAGCAUUAAGUUGCUCAAGUUGUUUAUAUCUCAAAAAAAUCUAAUCAGAAUGGAAGUAUGUAUGCAAAACAAAAUGUUUUUGAAUAUAGAAUGUACUGAAUCCUGAAUGAAGAGGGCCAUUCUGUGGAGAAAGUCUGCUUACCCAGAAUGAUGUCUGAUAUUUAGCUUGAUUUUAUAAUAUUUGUACCCACUAUUCAUGCAACAUCCACCAUCUUCAAGCUAGGCAGAAUCCCAGUUGGGUUCCUAUCAACUAUGUAUGUUCACUACAUAUUUGUAGAACAUACAAUUAAUCAGUACAAGCUACAUAAAAGCUGUGAAAUCAAGAUAUAUAUCAGAUGCAUAGAAAAUACAGAGAGAUGCUGUUUUGAUAUUUCAUGUAGGAUGCGGUUUAACAGUUAUAGACUGCAAACUUUUAAAAGAACCCUGAGGAACCAGCAGCCAGCCUUGUUGAAAUAAUGGUUUGCUUUUCUGUAUCCAGUUGCACUAGUUGAAUUUAAGAUUGAUUGUAGCCUUGUGUGAAUUUCAACUUUACAAACUACAAAAAUUUUUUAAAUGGUUUAGAUUCUACAAUUUGCAAUGUAGCCAGUGGACCAGUGAGAUGUACCAGAGCAAGAUGUACCAAAGCAAAACCAUUCAGAGAUUUAAACUUCAUAAGCAGGAAUUUGUAGACAAUAUGUAACUAAUAGGCAGCCAGAGUAGCUUUAAUGUAGCUUUAAUAACUCUGUGUUAAUGUGCUCUGUCUUUUUUUUUUUUUCUUGUAAGAAUACACACUGCUGUAUUCUGGUCCAUCUAAAGCUUGCUAAAGCUAUUUACAAUGAUGGGGCACCAUUCUUCCAAAACAUAUUCCCUGUAUUAGUGUUUUCAUGAUGGCGGUGUAGCGCACUCUCUAACGUAUCAAUCCAAAACUCCUAAACUAAUGGAAGACCUACCAGAGAUUACAGCGACGUGUUUGACAGCGCUCUCCAUCUCCUUCAUCAAAACACCAACUGAGGGAAUAUCUUCAUCCCUAUUGGUACGUUUACAUUAACAGCAUUUAGCAGAUGCCCCGUACAGUUUCACAGACUUUAAGAAUCUGUAACCAAGGCUUAUUAAAGUUGUUCUAGCAGCUCAUGGUGACCCAACAUCUUGCUAAGACACUUAUGCUGGUUUUUCCUUUAAUUUGUCACCUGUCUGUAUUGUAUUUGUUUAUUUUGCGUACAUGCUACUAAUCUUGAUUAUGCAUGUUGAAGUGUCUGUGGUGCCAAUAUUAUGCUAUAUAGUGCUAAUUUUGAACUAAUCACCCUCAACAUACGGUUUAGGCCAGACUACAGGCUGACUUGCGAUCUCUCUCAUUCAAGUUCAGCUGGUGCAACUGGCUACUGGACAUGUAUGGACAUAUCAGGACAGUCUAAACCACUGUAUGUCCACUGUAUCUUUUGCUGUCAUGCUACUGCUUUGGUCUUCUUUCCUGCUCAGUUUAGUGUUCUUCCUGCUCCCAAACAUAUUUAAUCCAGCUUGCCUACUUGGCAACAUAAGCUUGCAGAAAGUCUUCGGUAAGCUUCAAUAUCAGAUAAGUGUCAGGUAUCAGCCGACACCUUUGAAAUAUGUAUCAUGUCCAAAAAGUUGGUAUUGGUAUAUCCUUAGAUGUUAUGACUUUGGGAGAUUUCUAAUAUUCUGCAGGAGUAAAAUAUGUGUGUAUAUGUGUAUAUACGUUUGUACGUUCUAGUAUUCAGGCCUGGACAUGGCUGGAUCAGUGAUGUAGCACUCCUGGACCUGGACUUAAUCUGAUUAAAGUCGUGAUUUUCAUGACAGUUAACUUGACUUGGACUCAGUGUGAGUUUUGACUCAGCUUGGACUCUGACCUUUACUCAAAUUUGACCAAAUUUCCCAUGUUUUGGUGUGUAUAUGCGUUACAUAGUGUAACUAAUUCUUUUCAGCAUUAAUAACAUUUACUUAUAUGUUACUACACCUGCUACGAUUCAUUAAUGUAGAGAUAAAUAUGUAUAUUUAAUUAUCAUUUGACAAACAGUAUCUGUGUUGUGGUCUUGGAAAACCAGUCAGAUGUUGUUGUUGCUGAAUUCUGGCAUAAUGAGCGAAUACUACCUAUAACUUUUAAUUCUGACACAUCAAUACUAAGAAACCAUAAAUAUACAGUAUUUCACCAAAAGGACUGUAGUGCUGUAGUGAAAAUGACAUAAGCCUAAUCAAUUCAGUUUGUAGUCAGAUACUGGCUGUCAAAAUGUCUGUGAUUCUUCUGCACCACAGUCAGAAUGAAAUCUUUAAAUAUAAAUUUUCUCCGUUUUCACUUUUGGGGGUAAUCUAAAAUCAUAUAGUUUUACUUGUGGUUGAGAUAAGUGCAAAAUCCUAAAGUUUUCAGAUCUACAUAUACUUGAAGAUGUCAAAAUGUCACCACGUGAAGAGAUCUCUCAGGCCACCACACAUUUAUACUGUAGUCUCUAUAUCAGUAAGAUUUACUGCCAGAUCUGAAAGUAGUACUGAGCAGAAUUUCUUUUUCGGCUUGCUCGUCUUCAGUAAUCUGUAUGCAUGGUUAAUGGUGCACAGGCAGCAUCCUGUCUAACUGUCUGACAUUAUCAUACGGUAACCCAUUUUUACAUAGAUGAUACCUAUCUUUUCUUCUGUCUCUUAUUAACAGUUCCAGGGCAGGUUAAGCUUUGUAGAUUUAUACAAACUUGUACACCAUUAUGUCUUAAAUAUUUUCUGUCCCAGGACAACUCAGCAUCUCUGUAUAGCCGUAAAGCUGCUUGAGAAUUGCUACUCCUUUUUUUUUUUUUUUUAAUAUAAAGCUGUUUUGCUCCUCUAAAACUGUCAUUUGUCCCAAAGAAGCCCUGGUGCUGUUGACCGACGAGGGACAGGGGUUGACGAGUGUUGUGUGUGGCAGUUUUGGUUCCUCUCUGAGAACGUACUACGAUGCUCUUGCUUUGAUGGGAGGAGUUUGAAGGUGAAAUUUCAUACUUGUUUUUACGUCUCAACUCCUAGACUAUGAUUGUCACAUAGUAUUAUAUUGUAUUGUGUCUACAAGAUUAUUUAUUGUAUUCAUGUGUGAACUGUGAGACAAUAAAGUAUUUUUCUGUAUA